GGAAAUCCCAGUCAGUCAUCGGAGGAGCCGAAUGAAUGACAGACCCGGCAUUCGGCUAAAGUUCGGCUCCGGAACGCUUGUAAUGGCUGCCUGUGAAUAAAAUUGAUUUCUUGGAAAAAAGAUGAAAUUUCUGUGCAAUGUGGGUGUUGAGACUGUAAGUGCGUGUACCAGGGAAUGCUCUUGUAGCUUAACUCAAGCGUGUCAGUGAAUUUGUGUCCAGGAAGUGAGAGAGGCAGUGAGAAAAGUCAAGAGUACUUGGUUAUUAGCACACAAUCCCUGUGGCUGAAGUGAUGGAUCCAGAAGAGAAUCCACAGAGCCACGAGGAAGCCCAGCAGGAGAAAUCACCCGAAAAUUCAUCGAAUAAACGGAAGCACGAAGAGGAUGAGGAGGAUGAGAUAAAGAGCAAAGCGGGAUGUCAGAGAGAUGAUCCCAGUCCUGACCAACCGGCUGUCUUUGAUCCAGGAACCCCAAAGCGAUCUCCAACGCCUGAACAUUCGGAUUUAGCGGAAAUUCUCAAGCAGGGAGUGGCUCUCGAGAAGCCAAUUAGUCUCGCGGAAAUUCUCCCCAAUCCACCCAUCCCAUCCCCGCCACUAGCUCAGGAUGAGGAGAUUCAGCUUCCUGAGGCCAAACUCACGCCGGAUUUUGAUAUUUCGGAAAAGCUGAAGGAAAUGGGAGAGAUCAGCGUGCAGCCUGUGUCGAAGGGUGACACGAAGAGGGCACAGGAUGUUGAUAAGGAUGAGGUGUCGGUGGAGAUCACCAAGAAGGGCAGCAGCAGCAACGAUGAUUCCGAGGAUAAGAGAAAAAUAACAAAUUUGAGGAAAAAUAUCCGGGAAGUGAUGGAUGAUAAUCAACUGGAUGCAUCAACGCUGGCUGCCCAGAGGGAGGAAUUGGAGCGUCUGGCCCGUGUGCAGGAGCAACAGAAAAUCAUGCGAGCAGUUCAACGGCAAAUCGAUGCAGAGAAGCUAAACAGCAAAAUGCAAUCGAAAGUAAUUUCUCUGCUGCAAGGUCACACAUCGUUGCUGAAGUCAUCAGCAGGUCAGGCGAGUGUGGCGGGAACAAGUGGGGGCGCUGUUCUCAUGAAAGUGCCCACAACGUGUGAUUCCAAAGCACGCGUAGCUAAUCUCACGCCGUCCGUUAGUAUUGCCCCCGUGCGUGGACCACCAGCUGUGGGUUUAGUGCAGAAGGAGGAGGAGGCAGAGGAGGAGCGUGAGAUGAAGAUUAAUGCACAAAUUGAAGCGGAGGAAGCAGCUGAGAAGGAGGCCCUGCAGGUUGCUCGACGAGAAGUGGUGACAAUUGUUGAUAGUAGCUCCGAAGAUGACUGCAUUGUGCUGUCGGAUGAUGAUGAGGAGGAAGAGGAAGAGACGGAUGAGGAUCCACACAAUAGUGGGAUUCACGUGAGGGAUGCGUACAACAUACCCGAUGAACAGGGACGUGUUGUGGUGAAUAUUGGGCAUCCGGAGAAUGAGCCAGAUGUCUUUGUGGCGCCCCAAAUUGCGCGUGUGAUGAAACCCCAUCAAAUUGGCGGUGUGCGGUUCCUCUAUGAUAACAUCAUUGAAUCACUUGAGCGCUUUGACACGUCCACCGGAUUUGGGUGUAUCCUGGCCCAUUCAAUGGGUCUGGGGAAGACCCUUCAGCUAGUUUGUUUCUGUGAUAUAUUUCUAAGGCACACGAGCUCCAAGACUGUGUUAUGCAUCAUGCCCGUUAAUACGCUCCAGAAUUGGAUUGCUGAGUUCAACAUGUGGCUGCCGGAGAAUGCCGAGAAGAGCCCUCUUUCCGGACAUGGGGAGGUACGAACGAGAAAUUUCAAAAUUCACAUCCUCAAUGAUUCCCACAAGAGUCUCUCGGCACGUUCGAAAGUUGUCAUGGGAUGGGCACGUGACGGUGGGGUCCUAAUGAUUGGAUACGAGAUGUUCCGGUUGCUGAGCUUGAAGAAGAUGACAAAGAAGCGCAGUAAGAAGGCGGAGAAUGAUCCAAAGUUGUAUGAGGAGCAAUCGGAGGCGCACAAGAAGGUUCUCGAGGAUAUCUAUGAGGCACUCGUGAAGCCAGGGCCGGAUCUCAUUGUAUGCGAUGAGGGGCAUCGCAUUAAGAAUUCCCACGCAAGCAUCUCCAUGGCACUCAAGCAGAUACGCUCAAAACGACGAAUCGUCCUCACGGGGUAUCCGUUGCAGAACAAUUUGAUGGAGUACUGGUGCAUGGUGGACUUUGUCCGGCCGAAUUAUCUCGGAACAAAGACGGAAUUUGCAAAUAUGUUUGAGCGUCCCAUUCAGAAUGGGCAGUGUAUUGAUUCCACGCCGAAUGAUAUCAAAUUAAUGCGCUACCGAGCACAUGUUCUGCACUCACUACUCGUGGGGUUUGUCCAACGUAGAUCCCACAUGGUGCUGCAGUGUAGUUUACCGCAGAAAGAGGAAUAUGUGCUGCUUGUGCGUAUGACAAAGUUCCAACGGGAGCUCUAUGAGGUCUUUAUGAAUGACGUUGUGCGAACAAAGGCAGUCCCAAAUCCAUUGAAGGCAUUUGCAGUUUGUUGCAAAAUUUGGAAUCAUCCAGAUGUCCUUUACAACUUCCUCAAGAAGCGUGAGGCGGACUUGGAGCUGGAGAUUGAGAUGGCGGAAGCAGCAGCAGCAGCGGCGGCAGCUGCAGCAGCUGCAGCUGCUAAUGGGGAGGUUAAUGUUGCAGGGAAGAAGGGAGUUUCGCCGAAGAAGGCAAAAUCCAAGAAGGCCAGCAAUACGACUAAAACCAUCGAUAUGGAUGGAAAGAUGAAGCCUGCAGCAACAAUUUUGCCAACAACAAGCUGCAACACUUCAACCUCUACUAGUUUAUCCGAUGAGAAGGUGGAUUCGGAGAGUGCAGGAGGGGAAACAUCUGAGAGUUCUGCGUCGAGGAAGACAGAAGGGGAGGGUCAGAUAAAGCAGGAGCAAAUAAAAGAGGAAACUUCGACUGAAUUUAAGUCUGAGGGGCAACAAUCUGUGGAUCCGAAUAAACCAACAAUGAAUCCCGCUUAUCCAUAUCAAUACCCCAAUUCUUACGACAACUACGGACAGUAUCCUAAUCAGUAUGGGAACAGUGUACAGCAAACAGGCUACUACCAGAAUCCUCCGUACGGUGAUGGUUACAACUAUGCGGCAAAUCCAAACUACAAUCAAGGAAGCUACUGGACAAAUACGAAUGAUUACUACCAGACAAAUCCACUACCGCAGGCGUACAGCUAUGGGAACUAUGAUAAUCAAUACAGGGACAAUCGAUCCUAUAUGGUAGAUCAGGCGACGAAUUCAACGCAACAGAGCUCUCUCAACUACCCAAAUCAGUUUCCCUACAAUCCACCGCAGGAAAAUCCUGUCCAGCCGCCAUCAUCCUGGCCAGCUAAAGAACAAACUGAACAAACGACUGAAAAACCAUCCACAACUGAUGAUCAAUCAGCUGCAAUUGUCGACAUGGACACGAAGGAAAUCAAAAUGGAAGCCAAGACAGCCCUAGCAGAGCCCGAAGAAGCAAAUCCCCCCGAAAAAGAGGAAGAAGCACCAAAAGAAGUAAAAGAUGAAGCAACAGAGGAGUUGGAGAAGGACUUUUCAAGACUCCGCGACGAUGUAAUUCCGUACGAUUGGGCUGUUGAGCUGAUGAAAGGCUACAUCCCGGAUUUACUGGAGAAUUCACCAAAAAUGGAAAUUUUCUUUUGUAUCUUGGAAGAAAGUCUCAAGCUUGGUGAUCGAAUUCUCGUCUUUAGUCAGAGUCUUCUCACACUGAAUCUCAUUGAGAAGUUCCUGCAGGCAACAACAGUGACGGGGAGUGAUGUGAAAUGGGCAAAGAAUACAAACUACUACCGGCUAGAUGGGUCAACGAGUGCCCUCGAUCGGGAGAAGUUGAUCAAUGAAUUCAAUUCCAAUCCGAAUAUUCAAAUUUUUCUCGUUUCAACACGUGCUGGGUCGUUGGGAAUUAAUCUUGUUGGUGCAAAUCGUGUGAUUGUCUUUGAUGCCAGCUGGAAUCCGUGUCAUGAUACUCAGGCUGUUUGCCGGGUAUACAGGUAUGGGCAGAAGAAGCCAUGCUUUGUGUAUCGCCUUGUUAUGGAUAAUUGCCUGGAGAAGAAGAUCUACGAUAGGCAGGUGAAUAAGCAGGGUAUGUCAGAUCGUGUUGUGGAUGAAUGCAACCCAGAUGCACAUCUCUCAAUUAAGGAAGUCACAAGUUUAUGCUGGGAUGAUGACAGGGAGACGGAAGAACAGGAUUUUGCAGAGUCGAAAGAUAAAUUUAUCGAUGUGGUCAUGCAGAAGAUCAUUGAGGGGCAUUCGAAGUUACUUUCCAAGGAACCAUUUCAGCAUGAGAGCCUCCUUGUGGACAGGAAGGAGAAGAAGCUGUCGCAGGCGGAGAAGAGACUUGCCCAGCGUGGGUAUGAGUUGGAGAAGCAGGCGUCAGCAAAGCCCAAUUAUGGGUAUAAUGCCGUUGGGACGCAGUAUCGGGCAAUUAGGACGCCCGAUGGAUCCAUUGUUCAUCGUCCUGUUGCUUCGGUGCGACCAAUGCAGUCUGUAAUGAAUGAUCCAACUUACCGGCAAAAUAUGAUGAAUCGUCAGACGCGCUGGAUUCCAGCGGAAGUGUGGCAGAGGCAGGGAAUGACGGCGCAAGAGAUGACCCUUCCGCUGGACGUCGUGAUCCCAACGAGUUCAUCUGAAAAGGCGAAUAUUGUGCUAAAAGCCGGGCAGAAGGUGAUGGUGCUGAAAUCCCCGAAAGGGAUUUACAUGCAGCUGGAAACGGGAAAGAUAAUUGCCAUACGGACGGCCUUUAAGAUGAAUCACGGCAAAGAUGGGAAGCAGGAGUGUGAGGCGGGGAAUCGCGAUGGGAAGAAAUCAAUGCCGAUUGGAGCGGAGAUGAGUGACAAUGAGACGCUGGCAUUAGCUGGGCAGACGCCAACUGUGUCAGAGGAUAGAGUGAUUGACCUGGAGAAGGAUAGUGGGAGUGAGACGGCGAUGGAGGAAUUUGGGGCAGCUGGAGGAAAUCAAUUCCCGGCAAAUCAGGCGGAGAAGACAACCCCACCAGUGAGUGGAGGAGGUGGUAAUCCCUUUGGCAAAUACAUUGGACCGAGUUUGGCAAGUCAGGGGAAUUUCGCAUCAGAUCAAGCUACGCUGAGACCCACGGGUGAGGCGGCAAUCAAUCAUACGGGAAUUAACCACAAUUACCCAGCGUACCACCCACCUGUCGGUCAACAACCAACGGGGAAGAUUGAUGAGAAAACGAAGGGAAGCAAUGGCAUGGAUGAUGAUAAAAACAACGAUGAUAUCAUUAUGCUCUCACCUGAGCCAACGGAUGCUGCUGCAGAGGUGCGUAAACGACCCAUUCCACCAUCGUAUGAAGCUCCACCUCCUGCCUAUGCGGGGAAUCAGAAUUACCAUCAAUACCCACCCUAUCAGCAGCCCAGUCAAACACCCUACGGGACUUAUGGAGGGAAUCACGGACAAUCACAGUAUUACUCACCACAUCACACACAAAUGUCUCAUCCACCGGGAAAUCCCUACAAUUCCUCCAUGCAAAUGCCUCCUCAGGGUGGGAAUCCCACAGCUACGCAAACAUCCUUCACGGCGGGAGUGCAACAGACGAUCCCUGCUCCCGUGGGUGGUGCUCAGAGUCAGGCGAUUCCACCAACAAUCACAAUUGAUGACGACACUGAACCCCCGAUGAGGCAGAAAGUGGUUUACAAACCAAAUCUCGUUGCGAGGAAUAAGAAACCUCCGGCAAUGCCAUCGCACAUCCCACCACCACAGCCGUAUGGGAUGCAGCAGCAGCAGCAGCAAGCAAAUCCUCACUAUGGAGGUGCGCCAUCAAAUUCGCCCUUUGGGAGCAUUCAACCACCUCCGGGAGGCUCCAAAUCCACCUACAGGCACCAGAGAAUGCCCCAAAGUCACCCACAAAUGCCGCCGUAUUACAAACAAUCCUCAUCCACGUCUUAUCGACCUGGUGGUGCCACCUACGACGCUUACAGCUCCACCGGGGAGUACCAACAGAGCAGUUUGAGUUGCCUCGAGCGCACAACGUCGGCAAUUGAUGAAUCAAAGUCAAUGUACAAGGCAUCACUGUCGAAUAUAACAAAUAGCGCCCCCCUGAGUCCGCCUCCAUCGCAAAUUUCCACUCAUUCUCCAGGGAGUGCGUCAAAGGGUGGCAGCAGCAGCAGCAGCAGUGGGAGCAGUUCUCGUGCCGCAAAGCCGAGAAAUCGACGGAAAGCCAACAACAAGAGUCCAGCUUUGCCAGCAGCGGAGAAAUCCCCAAAAGGAGCAAAUGGGGCGAAUGAUGGCCCAACGGGAAUGUCACAGCAGCAGCACCACAUGCCAGGGCAGUACAAUCCGAGUCAUCCGCCCUACUAUACAACACCACUGGAUAAUUACCAAACACCCCAAAUGGAUUCAUCGCGGUACCCACCACCAAAGGAAUCCGGGCACUAUGGAGGUCAUUACAGACCAUCAGAGACUGUAUCACAGGGUCCACCAUCAAAUACUGAAGCUGCAACAAACUAUUCAGCCUCAGCGUCGGCUACUGAGUCAGCACCACCGGCUAAUUCAACGUAUGCAGCUCCAUCGCAUGCUCAGCAGCCAUCUUAUGGUGGAACCUACGAUGCACCUCCUGUUUCAGGAUCUGCAUUCCAUCGACCGGAGAAUACAGCAUCGUAUGCAACUCCUGCUGGUAAUCCGGACGCGGGGCCACCAUCUCAAGCGGAGCACUACAGUGGAGCACAGUACCAAUCGUCGUACAUUGUAACGCCUCAGCAAAAUCCUUCCUACACCUAUCAUCCACCUCCAAGUGGAUACUACCCUCCUGCACCUGCUCCCUAUCCCCCAACUGAACAUGAAUACGAUCCGGGGAGGUAUCAGCAGGCAGCUUCUGGUGUACCGACACCGCAAGAUCCUCAAUAUCCUAGCUCCUAUGCACAUUCCCAAUACAACUACCCCCCUUAUCCAGCCCCACCUGGUCAGGAGCCCCAAAGUAGUGCUCAGUGGCAGUAGAGAAUGACUUGAAAUCACAUCGAUGGGCAGUUUAAAGGCGGGAUUUGUUUGCAUUGAAAGGAGAUUUUAGUAAAAAUUUUAAUUUUCUUUCAAAUAAGAAAAUCUUUAAAUUUUUCUUUGACACGAGCAAGAGUGAAUAGACUCCUUUUAUAAUUAAAAAAAUGUUUCUUUAGAAUCUUUAGAAUCUUACCUCAAUUUUCUGGAAGAUUUAUUUUAAUUAAUUUAUUCAGAGUGUUUCAAUGCUCGCCCCAAAUUCUCAUUUAAAUCGCAAAAAUAAUAUUUUUCUAAAAAAAGAUUUUCCUUCAACAAGUUGUGAAGAAAAAUUGAUUCAUUUAAAUAAUUAAUUCAUUUUCAAUGCAUUGCUGGGAGUUUCAAGUAAAUAUGAAUGAUUGGAAAGCCAAUAAAAGAGUAUUAGUUUUCGGGGAGAUCAAGAAAAUCAGACUCUCUUGACACUGAAUCGUUGACAAGUUCGCGGUAAGUUGCUCUCACUUUUAAUUACUUUUUUUUUCUCUUUAUUCAAAUCUCGUUUUAAUGCAUUAAAGACAAACCUGCGAGUGCUGAAGAACUGCAAGUCGAUGAAUUAAUUUGUUUGUAAGACAACAAGUACUGAACACUUAAGAGUUGCAAUUAGAAUAAUUAUAUAAAUGAAAGAAAAAAAAAAGAAUGAAAAGAUAGCAGUAUUCUCAUUUUAUAUUAUAAAAUUUAAUCCAUAUCAUAAACUAUCAUCAUAAUUAAAUGCUCUCUCUCUCUCUUUCCCUUCUUAAAGGACAUCAUUAACUUAUUCACACAGCCGGAUAAAAGAGAAAAAAAAUGUUUCAAUCCGGAAAGUAAAAUUAAAUGAAAAAAAUAAUAACUUAUACUAGACACAAUAACUAUUUGUAAAAUGUAAAUAUAUUUGAAGAAUUUAGUAGUUUUUAUUUAAAAAAAAAAAAAGAAGAAAAUACUGAAGAAGAAAGAAUCAAAUUGUAGUGCAAAGUGUAGACCUCAAAGUUAUGUGUAGAGUUGAGAUAAAAUAUUGAUUAAUAGGCUAUUACAGAAUGUAGAGGAAGGUCGGGUAGUUUUGUGAUUUGUUUCGGCGGGAAUUUAAUUGUAUAUUUUUCUUGUUGAAUUUUUUUUUCUCUCACUUUUCAUUCUCAAUAACAAUCAAUUAUAAAGAAUUGUUUGACGCACACGGAGAAUCAUUGGGCACUGAACUAUGAUCUGAUCGUAAAACACUAAAUCUCAUACGAAUUGGAAGGUAGUCAAAAUUGAAGAGUUUAAAGGCAAAAAAAGAAUGUUGUUUCCCAACGCACGGGAGGGACAAAUAAAUAAAAAAAGAUCUUCGUAAAGUUCGUAAGAUGGGUUCAGUGGCAUGGCGCAGUAAGAAGACUUCUUGGAAGAGCGCGAUGGCCAAUUACACGUGUUACAGCUUUCGGUGGUAAACAAAACCUUCGCAUGGCGUAGUGCUCGCGUCGCGACCUUUUUUGCCCCGCAUCGUUCGUGUGUGCAGGAAAAAAAAAGUCAGUGAGAUCAAUAUCGAAGAUUAUGUUGUUUUAUAUUUUGAGCGGCGAAAUUCAAUUAUUAAUUGUUAAAUUGAAGAAAAAAUACAUACAAAAGGCAAGAAGUUGAGGCUACUUAGUAGUUGGGUGGCUGUUGGAAAAGUUUGUUGGCUGUUUGAAUGUUUUUUCUUGAUUAUUUCUUUUUGAAUUUUAUUUUUUAUUUAUUCAUAAAAAUCUUGAAAGUUCUUAAUUAUUUUAGAAAGCUUUCAAAAUUACGAAUAAUUUGAUUCAAUAAUUCAAUUUGAAAAACAAUUUCAGCGAAAUAAAUCAAAAAUUUAGCAAUUGAAGAAAAAAUCAGAAUCUGCUGAAUUUGUAAAAUUAUCUGAAUUCAUUUAAUUCUUAUGUUGAAAUGAUUUAUUUAGAUGCUGAAUUGAAUUAUAUACAGAUGCUGAAUUCUUUUUUAUUAGAAUGCAGGAAUUUCAUAUUUCUGAUGCUAAAUUGAUUUAUUCAGAUACAGAAUUCUUUUAUUUUUAUGCUGAAUUGAUUUUUUCAGAUUUAUUUAUUCUUAUUCUGAAUUGAUUUGUUCUUAUGCUCAAUUUCUAAAUUUAGAUGCUGAAUUUGUUAAUUAUGAUGCUAAAUUAUUUUAUUCACUCUCUGAAUUGAUUUAUUCUUAUUCUGAAUUGACUUAUUCAGAUGCUGAAUUAAUUUAUUCAAACGCUGAAUUGAUUUAUUCAAACGCUGAGUUCUUUUUUUUCUAGUUCUGAAUUUCUUAAUUCUGUUGCUGAAUUCUUUUAUUCAUGCUCUGAAAUGAUUAUAUUCUAAUGCUGAAUUGGCUCUAAAUUGAUUCAUUUCGUUGCUGAAUUUAUAAAUUCUGAUAUUGAGUUUCUUAAUUCUGAUGCUAAAUUGAUUUUUUAAGACGUUGAAUUUUUAAAUUCUUUUUCUGAAUUUUUUUUAUUCAGCUGCUGAAUUUAUUUUGUUCUUUUUUUUUAACUAAUGAAAAUUUCUCAAAGAUAUUUUAUGAAAGCUUUCAAAUGAAAAUAAAUAGCAGAGAUGAUCAAAAAUAUUGCAAAACUUUUUUUUUAUUAGCCUCAAGCUUUGAUGAGCUUUCAUUCAAACAGUUUACGAACUUUUCAAGCUACCCAACUAUUUUGGCAAUUGCACAACAACAAAAUGUCUCGAAGACUGAUCACCCAUUUACUCGUUUUACCUCAAUCACUCUCCCCAAAAGCGAUUUAGAAAAAUCAUGCUGCGAUGAAGAUUUGCUCGGUGAAGCAAUAUUUUCGCGCAUAUAGAAGUUCUAUUAAUUUUAUGUUUCUUUUUUUUUCUAUUAUUGUUUUUCACACAAAAGUAUACAUCACUCGGGUGUAGAGAUCCCGCAUUAUUGGCAUGAAACAAAAAGGUUCAAUCUCCGUGUUAAUCAUCGUUGCUGUUUUAGGUCUUUUGUUUCAUCAACUCGAAUGUUAUAUGGACUUAAUUGCACAGCAGCUUUAGCUGAAGAAGAAAUUCAAAAAGAGAGAAAAAAAGCACGAUUAAGGAUGAAUUUUUAGGCUGAUGAAAGAAUAUUUGUAAAACAACAACAGGUUGGUUUGUAAACAAGUAAAUUAUCCGAAAAAUGGCAGAAAUAAAUGAUAGGAAGCAAUGUUAA